GCAGAGUGGAGUUAACCAAGAAGCUCUCUGCGUGCUUCAAAGAUGUAGCUGAAUACUUACGUCAGAGUCAAUCACUGACUGACGACCAAUUCCAGACAAUCAUUGGCAUCCAAAAUUCUCAAGACGGUGCUGAGAAGCUUAUGGAUAUGAUCAUUGUCGACAUCAAAGAGCCAACAACCACAUUGGAUGCUUUUGCCGACUUAGUGACAGCAAUAAAAAACAGUGGUAACAAACACUUCCAAACGUUUGUCAAGGAAGUAAUUGAAUCGAAACGAAAAGAGUUCUAUAGGGAAUUGCUCACAGUUCCACCAGAUUUUCAGGCAUCUCAGGAAUACGACGUCUUCAUUAGCUACAGCCAUAAGGGUGACAUUAUGCGCACAGUGGACACUCUUAUGUCGCGACUGAAACAAGAAGGCCUCAGCGUGUUUGUGGACCAACAUAGCAUUCAGCCUGGGGACAAAUGGCGAUUUGAGAUUGCCUCCGCCAUCAAAACCUGCAAAGCCUUUGUUUGUGUGCUCACUAAACGCUACAUGAGGUCCGUGUACUGCAAUGGAGAGCUGUAUGAAACAGUAGCUCUUGGUAAACGACUGUUCCCAGUGGUGUGUGAGGAUGGUUGGGGAGAUGUGCCUGGAGGUGCUCCUGUGAUGGAGGUAGUACAAGAGAUUCAGUAUGUCUCACUAGUAGCUGAGGACAGGGAGACGCAACUAGCAAGGCUGGUGCAAAGUAUUAAAGGAGCUGUGACACCUUUAUCACCUGUUCCCGUAGCUCCAGGCUCGUCUGAUCUACCCACUGACCAGGCUGCUUCCACCUCCUCUUUGAUGUCUGGAGAGAUGCUAUCUUCUGAAAUGAAAAAGGUGAAUUCUUGCGACUCUUGUGCUGGACCCGAACGAUGCAAUGGAAAAUUUUGUCCUUGUUUCUAUGCACAAAAAAGUUGCUCUCAAGCCUGUCACUGCAACUUAACCAUUUGUCGAAAUUCAUAUAAUGGCUACCAUAUGCAAGAUACUGCAGCUGCCGCUGGCCCCCCAGCCACUGCCAGUGAGGAGAAUUGAUGCACGUGCAUGGAUGAUGCGGUUCAAGCUUCACAACUCAAGUAAUUAUAAUUAUAGUUGCAACUGUGUAUAUAGUAGAUUUUGUUGACUGAUGCAUGCAUGAGUUGAGCUAAAAAGUUACUGUAUAACGAAAAUGAAUGUACAAGUGUAUAAUUAUUUUA